UGAAAGUAGAAUAGAGGCAUAGAGUGAUUUCCAUGGCUCCCGGCCUCCCGCCAUCCGACCCGUCUCUCGCUGGAUGCGCAUUAGACGGUGAACCUCCAUUUUCCCGCAGACCACUCCUGUUGAACAGCGGGAAAGAAACAAUGGAGGGAGGGAAGGGAGAAAAAGAAGCAAUUCCCUUUCCCGACAUCCGUUCCAAGAUUCACCCUCGCCGGCAGCGCAAAGAUGAGCGUGAUCGACAUUCUCUUCCGAGUCGACGAGAUUUGCAAGAAGUACGAGAAGUACGAUGUCGAGAAGCAGCGUUCCACCAACGCAUCCUCAGAUGAUGCCUUCGCUCGCCUCUACACGUCUUUCGAUUCACAAAUUGACCUCGCUCUCCAAAAAGCGGAGAUGGCGGCUAGGGAGACAAACAGGGCCGCCGCUGUGGCCAUGAAGGCUGAGGUACGGCGUCUGAAGGCCCGAUUGUUGGAAGAAGUCCCAAAGUUGCAGAAACUUGCUCUUAAGAAGGUUAAAGGCAUCUCACAAGAAGAAUUAGCGAUACGUAAAGACAUUGUACUUGCACUACCUGAAAGGAUCCAAGCAAUACCUGAUGGAACAAAUGAUACAAGUUCAGCCAAGUCUGGGGUUCGGGGGGGUUCAUCGUCUUCUAAAAUCAUAACAAUCGAUUCAGAUGGGCCUGUUAGCGAUAGUUUCUUUCAGCAGUCUGAAGAAUCCAGCCAGUUUAGGAAUGAGUACGAGAUGAGGAAAAUCAAACAGGACCAAGGAUUGGAUAUUAUUUCAGAAGGUUUGGACACACUUAAGAAUUUGGCUCAUGAUAUGAACGAGGAACUGGAUAGACAAGUUCCAUUGGUUGAUGAAAUUGAAACCAAGGUGGACCAGGCAACAUAUGAUUUAAAAAACACUAAUGUUAGACUCAAGGAGACUAUUACUAAGGUCCGGUCCACCCAAAAUUUCUGUAUUGAUAUCAUUCUUCUGUUUGUCAUUUUGGGGAUUGCAUCCUAUUUGUACAAUAUAUUACAAUGAUGCACAUGGAGCUGUCUCAUGUUACCUUGUUUGGUCUAUCAUGGAUGUGCGAGGUACCUAGCCUCUGAAAGUGAACUCAUAUGAGAUGAUGUUGCUACUUGAGAAUACGAUUUUGUUGCGCUAAUUAACAUAUCUCGAUUCAUUAUUGAUUCUGGACUAUUCGAUUAUUGUGUUAUAUUCUGAUUCUGAAAGUUACCUGCCGGAAUUUGUAAAAUCAUUCAUUUUUCAAUGUAGAUAAAACAUUUAUGGAGAAUCAAUUGCGAACCUAUAUUGAUACACUGAAGAUACAUUGUUAUUUUGAAAGUUGUCCAAAGCCCUCCAACCAAGGGCCCGGGAAGAGCUUUAGGUGCACUAAAGAAAACUAGCUCCGAGAUCUCUGGUAUUUUGUGUGGAGAAAUUUCUUAGGAUACGAGAUAUUAAUAUAUUAUGCAAGUGAGAUCUUCUGGCGUUCUGCAACAAUAAAAUUUAAAAGAAACCAAUAAUUUGUUACAUGCAUAUAUAGCAAGAUGAAAAAUAACACUUGGGAAAAUUUAAAUUCAACAAAUUACAGGCAUCUCCGGGUUAAUUAGGUUAUUGUACUUGAAAAGUCC